AAAUGGACAGAGAGAGAUUUGGAGAGUAAUUGUUAAUGGAAAGUGGGGAGAGCUUGAACAUGUUUCUUGUUCUGUAUUUUCUUUUCUAGAUUUACAGAUAUUCCCUUUUCUUUAGUGGGUAGCUACCUUUUUCCCUUUUUAAUGUUAUCUUCUUGUUCAGCUAAGGGAUUCAGAUUUAAGUUUGGGAAAUUGGGUUUCCACAAGUUUGGUAGUAAUCUCCGUUUCUCGUGAAGAAUUGCUGUACAAUCUGUUUCCCUCUGUAUCUUCCUGUAAAGUAGAUGAGUACUUCAGUUUCAGUUCAAGAAGAUCAUUGGGAUUUGAGUUUGAUGUUGUUUUCAUAGAUCUCCAAUAAAGGAGCUUGCUUUCUCGCUUUAGAUGAAGUUUUUCUAGAAAAAUUUUUUUUUCUAGGAGCUACUUUCUUGGGAAACAAACAGAGGCUUAGUUCUUUGUUUUUCUGAUUUUUGAUAUUCCGUUUUGAUCUUAUUGAAAAUCCCAGAAGAGACUGAUUCUGGGUUUUGCAUCUAGAAGGAAUGGAGUCGGAUUUCCAGCACCAUCAUCACCAUCUUCUCGAUCAUUACCAACAGCAGCAGCAGAAGCAGCUAAAUUCUGGGUUGAUGCGCUACCAAUCUGCGCCAAGUUCGUUGUUUUCGAGUUUAUUGGACCGAGAAUUCUGUGAAGAGUUUUUCAAUCGGCCUUCUAGUCCCGAAACGGAACGAAUAUUUGCGAGAUUUUUGUCAUCUAGUGGUGGCGACAACGGCGGUGGCAACACGGAGGUCAUCUCCGAUGCAGUGAGGCAAAAUUCUCUGGAAAAAGAAGUGGAGGUGAAGGUUGAGCCGGAAACCCAGAUGAUGGCGCCAAUGAAUAGUGAAACAGCGGUUAUGCAACAGCAGCAACAGCCACAGCCACAGCCACAGCCACAGCCGCAGCAGGGCAACUAUUCCUCUGUUUCUCAGAAUUUUUACCAAGGCCAACCUCGACCGCAUCCACAUACGAGUUCAGCUAUGGAGUACAACAUGACUAGUUCAAUGGGGAUGGACCGGUUGCCGCCGAUGAAAACGGGUGGUGGCAGUAAUUCCAAUCUUAUCCGACAUAGCAGCUCUCCGGCAGGGCUAUUCGCCAACAUACAUGUUGAAAAUGGCUAUUCUGUGAUGAGAAACGUGGCGGAUUUUGGAGGUGGAAAGACUGAAAAUAGAGAACCAACAUUUCAUUCUGCAAGCAGGCCACCUCCAUCUCCAUUAUUGACUCCAAUUCCAGAAAUUGGAAGCAAAAACGUGGGAGCAAAUUCCUCCGAGAAUGUUGGAUAUGGCGAAAAUCGUCAGAACAGUUACUCCACCGGAUUCCCAACUGGCUCUUGGGAGGAAUCAGCAAUGAUGUCUGAUAACAUGAGCAGAAGACUUGGAGAGGAGGACAGAACACUUUCAUCUGAAAUUCAGAAUGUAGAUACUGGAAACCGGCCGCCACCCAUUUUAGCUCAUCACUUAAGCUUGCAAAAAGCUUCAGGAGAGAUGUCUACCAUUGAGAAGUUUUUUCAGCUCCAGGAUUCUGUUCCCUGUAAGAUCCGGGCGAAGAGGGGUUGUGCUACACACCCCAGAAGCAUUGCAGAAAGGGUUAGGAGAACGAAAAUAAGUGAAAGAAUGCGGAAACUGCAAGAUCUUGUCCCAAACAUGGAUAAGCAAACAAACACAGCAGACAUGUUAGAUCUGGCUGUUGAGUAUAUUAAAGACCUACAAAAACAGGUCAAGACACUUUCGGAUUCUCGAGCAAAAUGUAGGUGUGGUAUCAAUAACAAGCAGCAGUGAAUAACUAUUGUUGAGACCCUUUUAUGUAUAGAAGUGUUAGGAGGAGCAGGAGAUGUAAAGAAAGCAGGGUUCUCAGUCUCCUCUGCGCUGAUAAAAGAAGAAAUAUUGUAGUAUUUAUUAUGCUGAUGUGGAGUGGGGAAAAGAGAGCUGCAGAAACGCUGACUUCUGAGAUCCAAAAUCCAUUAAUGCCAUCAGAAAUGUAGCUGUACACAGUAGCUGAUUUUCAUGUUGCAACAUGUUUGUCCAGUUGUUAUGCUAGCUCAACCAAUAAUGAUAUGAACAGACUGAACAGUUGUUACAUAUGAUUGAUGAAUUUGUACCUGCAAGGGGUUCACAUGGGUUUUGAAUUUUAUGUACCUGAAUUUGUGUUUUUUUUUUAAAAUAAAUAUAUAAACAUUUU